UAUGAUGCUGAAAAUUCAGCUUUGACAUCACAGGAAUAAAUUAAAAUUAGAAAGCAGAAUUAGAAAACAAAAUUAAAUUAAAUUAAAUUAGAAAUAAAAUGAAAUUAGAAAGCAGAAAAUUUUCUGAAUAUUAUAGUUUUGACUGCAUUUUGAUCAAAUAAAUGCAGCCUUGAUGAAUAUAAGAGGCUUUACCUUAAACCUUACGAACCCUAAACUUAUUAACAGAGUUUUUUUUUUUUUUGAGGAUCACACAAAGCCAAUGUUUUUACAAGAAGAGAAAUGGGAGCUCAUUGACUCACUGUUUAAAUUCCGUUCAUAUUGAAUCAUAGACGAGAGUUUCAAGAGGGUGUUGGGGGAUUUUUUUUGCACAGGUACAAAAACCAGUCUUUACGGGUGUCUCUCCGACUGUACGAUAUGGUAAACCAACCCCGGCGACACCUGAGAAAGAUCGAGAGAGUGAGGGAGGGAGAGAGGCGGUUGGGAAAGAUUGUGAAUGAAAAGAAGAUAUGAGUAACAGUGAAAUGAAAGGAUAGAUGUGGAUAUCGGUGGUUUUUAUAGCUUUAAUGAUUUGCCACGGCACUCGCAGUUGAUUCCUACAAGCACGAUUAAUCAUCUGCGUAACUUGCAUGAACAUUUUCAGUGUGCCGUACACCACAAGAGACUCAGUUCCUGUAUGCAAGAAGAAAAAUUUUCAGUUUUGAAUAUGCAGAUUUUUGCUGCUUUGUUUACUCCACCAAUCAUCUGUAAUUUUUUUGAUGAAAAGAUAUUUUUUUUGCUUUUUUAAAAAUAUUUAAAUAUUUAAUAUUUAAAUAUUAUAAAUUUAAUAUUUGUAUAUAUAUUUAAAAUUUGUUUUACAAUUAUUUUUUUAAACAUUUAAUAUCAAAUUAGACAAUAUCUUAUUACCUUUUCUCCUCCCACUUCCCCACACUCGCAAUUUUUUUGUUCAAGCUUUUCUUCAUUUUUUUGAUUGCUGCUCUCUUUGAAGUGAGGAAGCAGUGCAAUGUGCAAUCAAACAACAUUUGAGAAUAAAAGACACGCUCUAUAUGGAGAGAGAGAGGAUGGGGGCGGGGAAUGAAGAUUGUAGCUCCACACCUCUGCUUAUUUCCUUUCACUUAAUUUUUCUUGUCACUUGCUGCACACAUUGUUCUUGUCAGUCACAGGCAAGAUGGAAAACUCUCUGCUGAUGACUCUUACGGCGCUCCUGCUCCUUGGUGUUCGAGAAGGAACAUUUCAAACCACAAGCAUGAACACCUCAAACUCAACCUCUUCAAACUCACAUGUCUUUGAAACUAAAAACCCCACUGUCCCACAGACCCCAUGUCCGAAAACCAUCCAUUAUAUCCCUCAGCCUGUUGUAGCUCGUCUUAAGGUAAUUCCCUCGAAGAAAGGGAAUCCGUGUGAGGGUCAGGUGUAUGUGUAUUCCCUUGAUCAGCGACAGCGCAAAGGCCAAUUGUGCCUUAGCAAUAAUCGACUCAGCUGGAGUGAACUGUGUAAAGACAUGAGAUGUGGAGAAUUUAAGGGCUUUAUUCUCACAAAUGAAGCUAAAGGUUUUAUCCUCACAAGCAAUAUGACGUUACAGGAAUCUGAUUGCCAAGGCCUAAAAAUCACUUGCGAAGAUAAUCUAGGAAGUGAGUUGGCUGCUUAUAAAGCAGUAACUGGCAUAUUAAUUUUUUUGAUGUUGGGAGUCAUUCUGCUUCAGUUCAGUCGACCGACAUACAAAGCCAUCCGCAAAAGAUUUUCACAAAAGCGGCAGAAUCGCUGGAUCGGCCCGACGCAGAGUCAGAGUGUGUCCUAUCACAGAGGUCAAGGUGCCCCAAACAACAACACACUCAAGAGACAGUCCUUUCCUGGUUUGGAGAGGCUGACGGUAAACACGAGCAGAGAGCCCUCGUCCAACAGAAACAGUGACUAUGACUCAUACGGCUACAACUGAAGGCCUGUGCUGACAAAAGACCUAAGCGUGUGUUUACUGACCCUGAGCAGACCUCUCUCGUCAGUCUCAUCUAGAAUCAGCAGUCUUGCGUUGUGAGGAUUUGGUUGGUUUGAGCUGUUGUUUGCCAAGUCGAGCAAGGUGUAAAUAUGUUUGAGAAGUUCAGCUGAGAAAUCCAUCUAGGAUAGAAUUUAAAAAAUAAAUAAAUUAGUCUCAAUGUAACCACCAAAGCUCUUAUUUUGUAUUGCAUAGCAGACUUCAUUUUAUUAUUUUUUUUAUUAUCUGAUUUUGCUGUAUAUGCUUGUUAAUAUUGUUAAAUAGUCAAAUAGAAACAAAAUGAGAUUUUGCUCAUGUCCUGAAAGACACUGGCUUUUUUUGUUUAUUUAUA